UUCUUCAUCUUCCUUAAUGAUUUGCCCUGAGAAAUUAGUGAGGAGGGAAUUGUCUAACAUAUCCAUUAUGGAAGCUUAUUAUCAUGGAGGCAAAGCUGCUUCUGUGCCUUUUGAGUGGGAAUCUGAACCAGGUACUCCUAAGUUCAAAUCUAGAGAUCCUUCUCUUCCUCCUCUCACUCCUCCUCCUUCCUACUACUACUACAACAAAACUUCUAAUAAGUCCAAGAAAAGCAAUAAGCCCAAUAAGAAAAGCUCCUCUUCUAACCCUAAUAAUAUUCUGCAAACUUGGUUCGUUAGGCGUGCCACCAGAAAACAGCCUCCUCUUCCUUCACAUCCUUCAUCAUCAUCAUCCACUUCUUCUUCUUCGUUCUCAUUGUCAUCGCCGGCUUAUUUUUCAGCGCCAUCUUCGCCGGCGAUAUACUCAAAGAAGAGUGAGGAAGAAGAAGACCUGUAUGAUGUGGAUCUUCACAAUACUCCUAGGUGGCAAGGAGGGUGUUCUUUCAUGAUUAAGAAGGUGCUACACAAAGAUUUUCUGUGAUGUGUGUGUGUGAGUGUGUGUGUGUGUGAGAUUUAAGUUUUGAAGGCAGAUUUGUACAUUCAUGCCUUAUGCAUGAAGGACUGAAUAAAUGAUUCAGCGUUUGAUA